CCCAUUGAUUCUCAACUCAAACUCGCUAAUUUUCCCCCCUCCUCUACUACACCAAUCAACUCCAGCAAGCAGUUAACCAAAAACCUCCAUCGCCGCCUUAAAAAAUUGGUUAAUUCCUACCAUCACCGGAAAGGGAAGAGAGAGAAUCCAAAAAAACAGCGCAAAAUAUGAGGGACAACAAUGAAAAAGUAACCCCAGGUGAAAUACUAGGAAAGGCGGCUGAGCUUAAACCUGGUAAAGGUACUUACGUUGCUGCUGAUGCUGCCGGAGUUAAACUCAUCUAUGCUUCUCUCACUGGCAACCUCACUCGCUCUAUUCCUUCUUCUGAUUCUACUGACAAGAGGACAGUUGUGGAGGUAACUGGUCACAAAGCGCAUGGUGCAGUCCCUGAGCCUGGUUGUACAGUACUUGCACGUGUUAAAAAGGUGAUGGUUAAAAUGGCUUCAGCGGAUAUCAUGUGUGUUGGUAACAAGUCUGUUAGGGAAAAAUUUACUGGCAUAAUCAGACAGCAGGAUGUAAGAGCCACUGAGAUUGACAAGGUCGAUAUGCAUGCUUCAUACCGAGCUGGUGAUAUUGUCAGGGCAGUAGUUCUAUCCUUGGGGGAUGCAAGGGCUUAUCACUUGUCAACAGCAAAGAAUGAACUGGGAGUUGUAUCUGCAGAAAGCACUGCAGGUGAGACGAUGAUACCAAUUAGUUGGACCGAGAUGCAGUGCCCUUUGACAGGCCAAAUUGAGCAGAGAAAGGUUGCAAAGAUUGGAAAUGAAAUUAACUCUCCAAAAAUGGCUGCUUCUCUUUAUCAUCAUCAAUGUCAAAACCCUCUUCUUCUUCUUCAUUCUCCAACCAAAUUAUCUUCUACAAAAUCACAAUUAUUCAACAAAUAUUCACAUUUCCACCUCAGAAUUUCACUCAAUUGCAAAACCCAUGUUGCCAAAUUACCCCUCACUGUAGCAUGUGCUCUCACUCAAUCAGACUCUCCCACAUCUUUUAAUCCUGAUCCUCAAACCAUUCUUCAAGAAUUGGCGGAUAGUUUGGAUUUACCAUCUGAUUAUUUUUCCAAGCUUCCUAGGGACCUUCGUCUUGAUCUCAAUGAUGCUGCAUUUGACCUUUCAAAUGGACCUGUACUUGAUGAGUGUGGUCAAGAGCUAGGGGAGACCUUAUUAAAUUUGGCUCGUGCAUGGGAAUUAGGUGAUACUUCGACUUCUUCCUCUUUUGCACAGAAGCUCCCUUUGUUGGAACCUUCUUUAACAGAUGGUGCAAAAUUAGCUUUUGGUAAGCGGUUGCUAUCUGCUGGAAGAAGAUUUCAAUCAAUGGGACAAUAUGGUCAAGGUGAAUUAGAAAAGAUUGCAAAAUCAAUGAUUGCUGCUGGGAAGCUUCUAUCUGCAACUGCAGUGCCUACGUCAACUGAGGAACGCUCAAAUGUUGAAACUCGGACUUUUAAGUUUGGAGAACUCCAGGUUGAAGUGACACCGGAAAAGGCCAAUAUAGGUGCAGCAAUUGCUGUUGUUUUUGGGAUCUUAUCAUGGCAAGUAAGUCAAGGCGUUCAAAGCAUCCCAGAAAACUCGUUACAGUAUGCGAAUGAAAAUGCUUUGCUGCUGGCAAAGUCUUUGAGGAUAUCCCUGCUACUAAUCUUCUAUUCAUCAACGCUUUUGUCUGGGAUCACAGCAGUUGGAUUGGUUUUGCUUGCAAGACAACUCAGAUCAGACCACGCAACAAUGUCUUGCAAUGCCACAGAGCUUAUCCCUCUCUUAGGUGGCUCCCCAGGGAACGCUGCUGCCGCAGCUUCAUACCUAUGUGACCGCUUCACAACCGUCACAUACGCAGUAGACACCACAUUUCUCUUAUUCUCAACCUACUUAGUCUUCGCCAUGCAACUAGGUUUCGCCAUGCUAUGUGCAGGAUCAGUCCGAGCUAAAAGCACUAUGAAUAUCAUGCUCAUCAAUGUUCUUGAUGCAGCUGCUGGCUCACUAUCUUACUUCCUCUUUGGCUUCGCAUUCGCCUUUGGAACACCCUCAAAUCCCUUCAUAGGACGCCAUUACUUCGCACUUAAAGAUGUUCCUUCGGCUACAAAUAACGUCGAUUAUAGUAUGUUCUUGUAUCAAUGGGCUUUUGCUAUUGCAGCUGCUGGAAUAACUAGUGGCUCUAUUGCAGAGCGUACUAAAUUUGUUGCGUAUUUAAUUUACUCGUCGUUUUUAACUGGAUUUGUUUAUCCUGUUGUUUCUCAUUGGUUUUGGUCCACAGAUGGGUGGGCUAGCCCGGGUAAUACUGAUAACUUGUUGUUUGGGUCUGGAGCCAUUGACUUUGCUGGGUCUGGUGUGGUUCAUAUGGUGGGUGGGAUAGCGGGCUUGUGGGGUGCUUAUAUUGAAGGCCCGAGGAUUGGGCGGUUUGACCGGUCGGGCCGGGCUGUAGUCUUAAGAGGGCAUAGUGGUUCUUUGGUUGUGCUUGGAACUUUUUUGCUUUGGUUUGGUUGGUAUGGGUUUAAUCCGGGUUCUUUUUUUUCAAUUCUUAGACCCUAUGGGAAUCCUGGUGAAUUUUAUGGCCAAUGGAGUGCUGUCGCGAGGACAGCUGUCACAACAACGUUGGCUGGAUCAACAGCAGCUUUGACUACUUUGUUUGGUAAAAGGAUGUUAGUGGGACAUUGGAAUGUGAUUGAUGUGUGUAACGGGCUUUUAGGUGGGUUUGCAGCUAUUACUUCUGGGUGUUCGGUUGUUGAGCCUUGGGCAGCUAUUAUUUGUGGGUUUGUAUCUGCUUGGGUUUUAAUCGGGUUCAAUAAGUUAGCCGAGAAGGUCAAGUAUGACGAUCCAUUAGAGGCCGCCCAAUUACACGGCGGGUGCGGCGCGUGGGGUUUAAUCUUCACCGGCCUCUUUGCAUCUAAGAAGUUUGUACAAGAGGUGUACCCAUUAGAUACACAAAGACCCUAUGGGCUAUUUAUGGGUGGCGGUGGAAGACUACUAGCUGCUCAAGUUGUCCAAAUUUUAGUCAUAUUUGGUUGGGUCACUGCUUUAAUGGUUCCACUUUUCCUAACCCUUAAAAGUCUUGGGCUCUUAAGAAUAUCAAGUAAAGAUGAGAUGGAAGGUAUGGACGUAACUAAACAUGGUGGAUUUGCUUAUUUGUACCAUGAUGAAGAUGACCAAUCACAUAAUUCACCCUUCACAAUGAGAAAGGUGGAGCCAACUAACACUACUCCUGAUACACGUGAAAAUGUGUGAUAAGGAGUCAAUUAGAAAUGUCUUGCUCAAACCUCCUUUAGGGUAAGAACUUAUUACAAAGUCAUUUAUUCACUUUAAGAUUUGGAGUAGUUAGGUUGGACCAAUCAUGUCACUCAUCAAAUUUUUACCUAUUUGUUUUCACACUUUUGCUUUGUAUGUAUCUUAUGUGUGAUGUUUUUCUCUAGAUGUUAUAUUUCCCAAUUUGUGAAUUAAUUUUGGUAUAUAUAAAUUAUUAUGAUUGUAAA